AUGGACGAAGUAAUCACCAAACGAAUACACAUCUCUGGGCUCACACCGGCCAUUACCUCCAAGGACCUCAGCGACCGUUUGGGAUCCUUCGGCACAGUGAAAGCGAUGGAUGGUUUCGGCGGCGUAGACAACCUGGGCCAGCCGCGCAAGUUUGCGUAUGCCACGUUGGAGACUACGAAGGGAAAACUGGCUCGAUGCAUGAAUUUGCUCAGCGGAGUUACGUGGAAAGGCGCGAAGCUCCGAUUGGGUGAAGCAAAAGCCGACUUUCGCGAAAGGGUCAAACGGGAUAGAUUCGCUCAGGAGCAAGAAAAACUCAAGCGUGCCGCAGAAGAAGCCGCGAACGCGCCCCCUGCGAAGCGCCGCCGCCUCCCACGCGGCGUCCAGGGCGUAUGCGCCUCCGACAUGUCGCUCGUGACCCCCGAGACCGCGCCGACGCUCGGUGGAUGGCGCGUCACUGCGACUGGGCGGCUUAUCCGACCUAUCCGCACGCGUCCCGACCAUCCGCUCCCAGAACCCAUCGUGGUUGCGAAACCCGAGACGAGUAAAGGGAAGACGGACAAGGACAAGGAGAAGAACAGGAAGCGAGUACGCGUCCCUCCUACGCGCGCGAGGAGACGGACGAUCGACCCGACGAAAUGGGGCUCUACACAUCUCAAGGGCAUCUUCCUGGAGAAUGCUGCGGCGACGAUUCUUCCCAAGCGAGCCGUCGUAGAUGAGCAUCAGACCUCCGAGGACGAAAGCGACGACGAGAAUGACAUUGCAGUUGUCGAGGACGAUGAAAGCGAAGAGGAAAGCGAAGGGGACGAAGAAACUCAGUCGGUUCCGGAAGAUCUGUUCAAGGACGACCCUGCUCCUGCCAUCGUUCUACCACAGCUCAAAGCACCCUCCGCCUCGAGCAGUGCACCCCGAGCCAAACCAAUCUCCGCCGCUCCAGAUGGCGAUCUUGCAGAGGAAGCUAGCAAAGCGCUCGGUCUCCUUCAGUCGCUAUUUGGCGAUAAGGAGGAGUGGGGAGGAGAGGAGAGUGUUGGGUCUGAUGUGGAUGAGGAGGACCUUCGACGUGCUGGGCUUGACGUCACCGAAGCCACAGGCGCAGACUUGGAAGCGACAGAUACAGACAGCGACGAGGGUGCUAUGCAGGUUGAUGCUCCCGCUGCAGAGGAGACCAGCUCCGCUCCCACGAAGACACCGGCGACGGAGAAGACAAAAUUGAAGGAUUUGUUCGCGCCUCGCGAGGAAGACGCCACCUUCUCACUCCUGGGCCACCUGGAUCUGGAUCUUGAGCUCGAGGACGACGUGCCGUUUGACUUCCCCGCGACUACCUCCGUCGCGACGGUCGCCGAGCCACUGCGUCCGAUCCAGUCAACGGUCUCCGCACACGCCUCGCGCGCCGCAGCACUCGAUCCAUCAAAGCCGCUCUUUUUCCCAUCUGACAACGCUCCGUCUAUGCGCCGUGUACUCGACCCGACAAAUUGGCGGGCUUGGUUCCAUCGGACCGAGACUCCUGAGGCUAUACGCCAGCGGUGGGAGGACUCCAAGGGCGAGCUCACGGCUGGGUGGAAACGGCGGCACCGUGAGGCGAUUAAGAGUCGCAGGAGGAGAGGCGGGGGUGCAGGCGAAGCAGACUGA